AUGCAUAUACAAAGAAUUUAUAAAAAACCCAACAAAAGUAAGUUCUCCAGCAUCAUGCCAGCAGCGGUGAUGUACUUAGAAACUAAUUGUACGAUGGAUAAGAUAGAACCAUCGGUGAAACAAAUGAGUAAGAACAAUAACCAAGGACCCAAAUCCUUGGAUCUAAUGCUAAAAGAUAGUUGA